UGAGCGUUUUGUACUGUAUUUAUAUUUUCAUUUCCUGUCAGAGGACGGAUUGUUCCAUGUCGAAUCGGUAGAUUUUAAAAAAAAAGCGCUGUGUGCGCGUCUUCCGCAGGAUGGAGCAGACUUGAGCUCCCCCGCAUCAAGUUCGAAUGAUCAGAUGGAGAUCGCACAUCUUCGCAUCUUGUCCUUUCAAAACAAAGUCUCCACCUGGCUCAGAGCGCCGUUCGAAAGCACUCCGGGUCGUCGCACGCGCAUGGCUCCCCAUUCUGAGGGCGAUGCACCUCGCGGCAAUCGUUGCACUCUUCCCUUUGAAACGACUUGCAAUUAUUGUGAGGAGGGCUUCUAUCUUAUUGUGAAAGAGCAAAUUGUGUGUUUCCCGCUGUGCUCCUGAGCACGUCAAGCUUUCGGAUGAUGAGACGGUCGAAGCUUGCCGUUGAUACCGUGGCGGUCACGGACGACGCAUCUCGCUCCAGAGCUCGCUAUUGUCUUGAAAAAGAGCACAAUUUAACUUGGCCUCCCGGGUUGCCGGUUCAAGAGCAAGCCUCGGAGGGAGCAAGGCUUGCGUAAGACUGUGAGGAGAGCAAACGUUGGGACCAGCAUCCGUGGGAGGCCCGGAAGAAAAGGAGAGGAGCCCCGAGGGGCAGGACGGCCGUUCGCGGCUUGAGCAUCGCAGCUCCCACCAAGUCCCAGAGGAUUCCCUUCCUCGCCUCACCCUGCCCCGUCAACUCCUCCCAGCCGUCCGCGAUUCAGAGGCUCCGGCCGGCCGACCGACCGACCGACCGCCAUGGAGACCGCCAAGCUCCCGCCGUCCGGGCCGUCCUCGCCCGGCAGCGGUUUCUCGGUGCUGUCGGCGGAGAAGGUGGACGGCUUCCUGCGACGCUCCAUCCGGAGGACGCACCAAAGGAGAUCCCACAGCUCGUCGCAGUUCCGCUACCAAAGUUCCCUGGUGGAGCUGACGCCGCUGCCUCUUCUCAAAGACGCCUCGACGGCCGACUUCCACGAGCUCUUCUGCAAGAAGCUGCAACAGUGCUGCGUGACCUUCGACUUCCUGGACUGCGUGGCCGACCUGAACGGCAAGGAGAUCAAGCGCGCGGCGCUCAACGAGCUGAUGGAGAACGUGGCCGCCGGGAAAGGGGUCCUCACCGAGCAGCUGUACCCGGAGGCCAUCAAGAUGAUCUCCGUCAACAUCUUGAGAUGUCUCCCGCCGAGCGAGAAUCCCGAGUUUGAUCCGGAGGAGGACGAGCCCCCGCAGGAGGCUUCCUGGCCGCAUCUUCAGCUGGUGUACGAGUUCUUCCUGCGUUUCCUGGAAAGUCCUGACUUCCGCCCGCCCGUGGCCAAACGCUACUUGGACCAGAAGUUCGUCUUUCAGCUCCUGGAACUCUUUAACAGCGAGGACCCCAGGGAGAGGGAGUACCUGAAGACCAUCUUGCACCGCGUCUACGGAAAACUACUCGGCCUCCGAGCCUACAUCCGCAAACAGAUCAACCACAUCUUCCUCACGUUCAUCUACGAGGCCGAGCAAUUCAACGGCGUCACCGAGCUGCUGGAGAUCCUUGGCAGCAUCAUCAACGGCUUCGCACAGCCCCUGAAGGCCGAACACAAGCAGUUCCUGGUGCGAGUUCUCAUCCCGCUGCACACGGCAAAGUCUCUGUCCGUCUUCCACGCGCCGCUGACAUACUGCAUCGUGCAGUUCAUCGAGAAAGACUCCACUUGCACCGAGCAUAUCGUCAGAGGGCUGCUCAAGUACUGGCCCAUGACGUGCACACGCAAGGAGGUGAUGUUCCUGGGCGAGAUGGAGGAGAUCCUGGACGCCGUCGAGCCGUCUCAGUUCGCGCGGGUGGCGGAGCCGCUCUUCCGGAAGAUCGCCGCCUGCCUCGGCAGUCCUCACUUCCAGGUGAAAAUUCCCAAACUUCCGGAAACGCGCACGGCUAAAUCGCGGCCUGCUGGGGGCGCGCUAGGUGGUGGAGCGGGCCUGCUACUUUUGGAAAAACGAGUACGUCCUGAGUCUGAUCGAGGACAACCGUCACAUCAUCCUGCCGCUGGUCUUUUCCGACCUCUACGCCGUCUUCAAGGAGCAGUGGAACCCGCCCAUCGUCUCGCUCAUUUACGACGUGCUCAACACCGUCAAGAAAAUGGACGCCGCGCUCUACGAACGCCUGGCGUGCUCUUACAAGGCGGAGAAGCACAAGGACGCCGAGCGGGAGCGCGACUACGCCGAGCUGCGGCGACGCCCCGAGGAGCCCGAGCUGCGGGAGCGGGGCCAGAAAGGGGUCAGGGACAGCGCCCCCUAGGUGGCAGUCCGGGUUCCAUGUCCAUCUCGCGUGCUGUCAAGGAGCUGUUCGGUUGGACGGCUCCAUCAAAUUGUGGGCAAACGUUCAACGCGGCUGCCCGAGCGGUGGACCGCACCGACACACGCACCGCCGUCAGUUCCUCGACCUCGCCAGCGAAUCUUUCCGAGCGGAUGCGGCGAUGCAAAUACUUUUAUUGUGUCAUCUUCUUUUCAGCAAUACUUUCACUGUAGUAACUGCUUAUUAAAUAUUGUUCACAUUGUCUUAAAGGUACUUAACCUGUAAAUCAACGCCAUAUGAAUUUUUUUUUUUUUUUCUUCUCUCUUGUUUGGGAUUUUUUUUGGGGGGUGAGUGUGAAUAUUUCUUUGGAGUAAAUACAUAUUUACGUGUGUGUGACAGGGUUUACAUUUGAAUGUAACGGGAAACAAAAAGAUUGUCCUUUUUUGGCUUGUUUGAAACCGUUUACCCGUCGUCGUCAUUUCAUUGAAGUUACACAAGGUGCAAAUCAAUAAAUACGUCAAAUGAAAUACAAUUUUUAAUGUUUGAUUGACGCUGCUGAUUGUCUGUUUUAAGAGCAGAAUGUGUGCUCAAUCUCGACUUUUUUGGUGUUGUUGUUUUUGCUCUUUUCUUGCCAACGCAUCCUUACGUUGCAAUUUCACUCAAAGCCAAGAGGAAGAAGCCGGCAAAGAUUUAACCCGGGAUAAAGUUUGAACGUGGAAAGUUUCCCGUCACACUUUGACAUUGACAAAACAACUCUGGCCGUGUCUGUCUUUUUGUCUUUAUCAAUAAACGAUUCCAAUCCACGCGGCGGCCACCACUGCGGCUUCGAAACGCACGCCAAGGUUAAGAAAACAACGGGCGACUCUCGCUAUUUUCCAAAGGGAGGGCGUCUCUCCGUGACUCCUGCCGCCUCGGGGACUCUCGCGUGGUAUUUUAAUUGUAAUUACGAUGAUGUCAGAGUGUCCGUCCGCCCUCCCGGCUCUCUCACGCAGUAAAAAAAGGGGGGGGUGAAAAAAAAAAAAAAAGAAAAGAAGACGACGACGACAAGCCUUCAAGCUUCCAUUUCAUUUGCUUCCCGCGCACACUCCAGUCGCUGCUGAAGUCGAGACGCAAAAGGUGAGUCGCUUUGGACUUUUUCUUUCUUCCAAACGGUUUUGAGACGUCGUACGUGAAGUUGUUACGUUGAAAUAUUUGUUUGUUUUUACAACCCCACCUGCAGGUCCCCAUUUGACUUUUCCCCUGAAGUUUGCAUUGCUGUUGUUGUGUCGCGCGGUGAAUUGUAGA